GGUCUCUUACACUUCGCAGCCUACAUGACCCACGGGGACUACAACGUCGUCGGCGUGGACUGGGGUGUCCUGUGCCCCAACCCCCUGUACGUGACGGCCCGCCUGAACGUGCCUUUCGUCGGAAAGCUCGUCGGCAAGCUGAUGUCGUUCCUGAUUGAGCAGGAGCUCGCCACCGCGGACAAGCUGCACGUCAUCGGCCACAGCCUCGGCGCGCACGUCGCCGGCAUCUCCGCCAAGAGCCUGAACGAGACCGAGGGGCAGCGGCCGGCACGAGUCACAGGGCUCGACCCGGCGUGGCCGCUCUUCAUUAUAACCCCGGAUACCGACAGGCUGAGCAAGGACGACGGUGUCUUGGUGGACGUGAUCCACUCAUGCGCAGGGUUGCUCGGCUUUCCUACCGACCUCGGCACCUCCGACUUCUACCCCAACGGAGGAAGGGAGCAGCCGGGCUGCGGCCUGGACCUGACCGGUGUGUGCGCCCACGGUCGAUCAUACGAGUACUUUGCUGAGUCUAUUACCAAAGGGAAAGGAUACCAAGCAGAUUUCUGUGACAGCAAUAGCGAUGCUAGAGAUGGGACUUGCAAAGGUCCAAGUGAAGGCUGCAUGGGAGACGAAGUUCAGUUUAAGGAACAAGGAUCAUACUACCUGAAAACAGACGACGUGGCUCCAACCAAAGUAUGCUGAGAUA